AUGACGCGGAUGAUCUUAAUACCACAGCGCCUAAGUUUAACACCGUCGGCUCGAACAUUACGACUAAUAACUAAUGCCAGUGGUAUGUACAGACUUCUCAAAGAUUUAAUUUUGGGCCACUCUGACUCCUCGGCAGAAAGCAGGACGUCGUCGGGAUUCCUCCUGCGCUAUGGGCGAUUUUACGGGGAUAAACCCCUCCACCUGGAAUACCUGGUCACCAGAUUUCCGAAGGAGGCCCCUGCAGGAAAGGAUAACGACAACGAAGACGCCGUCGCCAUUGUGAAGAGGUGCAUCAGAAUUAGAGGCUAUCAUUCCUAUACAAACACAGGAAUGACAGGUUUAUUGAUUUAUAAUCAUGGCACAAUAUGCAUGGGAGAUUUUAAUGUUAGACGUCCUUCAUUUGAUGAUAGUCAAUGUAAUGAAAAUGGCGAUGAAUUCAGAUAUUUUGUGAACAACAGAUACAUGACCGUAUAUGAUACAGACAGGAAAACUCAUGUGGCAAGGGGCAGACUAGAUUAUGUAAUAGGAAGGGAUCUUGUGCAUGUAACGAGUGUUGGUAAGUUCUCCGUGGAUAUGACGAACGUGGUCACUGAUUACUACAACACCUGGGUCUGUCCAAAGAAAACCUUAACGAAUAACUCAGAACCCACAUUAUCAAGGGAACAAAAGCGAGUUCAGGAGCUUCUUAAUAUCUACAGGCAGGACAAUACCCGUGACAACCCCAUAAAAUUUCUUAGGGCUAACAAAAAUCUACGGGAAUUAAAAACUCAAAUUAGGCAUGAUCACUUUGAACAGUUCUUACAAAGCAUUAACAAUAACACUUCAAUAUCUGAGGCAGAUAUGCUCCUUAUUCAGUGGGCUGGAGCGUCCAAAUUGAGCUCACUUCCCACAAAUAUUCAGAAUCACCUUAAUCAGUCUAAAGUUGCAUGGAAAUUUGCUAUAGACAUUGGAAGUUCUGAUUCCGACAUUUCUGACUCUGCUGAGAUUAGCGAGUGGGAACUGAACAAUGCACUAAGCAAAGGCAAGGCCUCCGCCCCUGGUGAAGAUGGAAUUACCUAUAGUGUCCUUCGCCUUAUAGCCCAGGGAAGCACAGUUUUUCUUGACCUUAAGUCAGCUUUUGACACUGCAAACAGAGAAGGUAUCCUAGAACAAUUGGCAAACUUUGGCAUACAAGAUAAAUUAUUGAGCUGGAUUAGAAUGUAUCUUUCUAACAGAUCCGCAAGUGUCUUGUUCAGGGGAGUGAGGAGUUCCACCUCACAGCCCUUUGAACUUGGGACGCCACAGGGAGGAGUUCUCAGCCCUAUGCUGUUCAAUGCCUUUAUGCACAGAUUGGUAACAGAUAUUCCACUUGGGGAUGGGGAACCUAUUAUAUGUUAUGCUGAUGACAUAUGUGUCGGAGCAUCAUAUGAAAGAAUUCAAAGAAUUCUCGACGAACUCAUAACAAGGGGUCAAGAGUGUGGUUUAGUCAUCUCUGCUGAGAAAACAAUGGCUCUCAACCCGGGUAUUAUACCCCUAACCACAUUUCACAUAAGAAACCAGGAGCUUGACAUGUGUCAUAAGUAUAAAUAUCUCGGGGUGAACGUAAAUGAUGCAAACCUGAUCGCUUCUCUGAAGAAGAGACUCUGGGAGAGAUUGAAACCGCUGAAAGUCUUUGUCGGAAAGGGAUGUGACAUCAAUGUUAAGCUCGCUAGACUAUUUUACUUUGGUUUUAUAAGGUCAGUUGUAGACUACCAUGCACUGCACUUAUUGCAGUAUGAGGAUUCAGAAAUAAAUAGUUUGAAAAUUGUACAAAAUGAAGCUGUGAGGAUUAUCCUCGGCGCCCUGAGAACAGCAAGGAUAGUGAACCUGCAACUUAAAAUCAAGCCAGCAGACGAGGCUAGCCAGACACACAAGCGCUCUCUAAUACACAAAAUCUACAUAUUACAAAACUUAUCAGUAAAAUGCCAAAAGGUCGAUCCAUUCCCCCAUGGAAAAAUUCAUCACUGGUAG